GAAUUAUCAAUUCUUUGUAUUUCUUCACCACUUGUUCUUGUCUAUAUAUGUGUCGCUGCUGACUUUAUUCUCGUGGUUCAGAUGUUGGAAAAUACGUUUUACUAUAGACCAUUAACAUUCAGCACUAACUGUAGCUCAAUUCUUUAGAAACGAUUAUCAUUAUUGCCCUACAUCGAAGAACGACAACUACACUGCGCUCGAAAUGCCACCCUCAUAUAUCACACUACCGCCAGCUCUUCCUUCCGAACUUCUGACUUGGAUAUUGGAUCAUGGUUCUUAUCCUACCACUAUCCUAAUCUGCAAAUCUCGCGCGGCGUUCAUCUCAUCCCUUCUCGCAGAUGUCACCUCGAGCACCCCACCGUUACCACCAUCACCCGUCGACACACCUUCCUCUCCUGCCAAUCCGACGACCGGUGUCGCACAAUAUCAAACACCCUCUCACUCACUCCUCAUAAAAUCUCUCCGCCAGAUCUCCCUCUCACGUCACAUAUCUCUGAUUUAUAUUCCCACGAUCUCUCAUUUGCGCGCCCAUCUCUCCGUCCUUUCCACAGAGACAGCUUCAAAGAUCGGAGCUCCACCAGAUCGAAAAUGGGAUAAGGUGGGUAUGGAAAGGGCGAUGAUUGUUGUAUAUGGAUUGAUAGACUUACAUAGGGAUACGAGUGAGUGGAGUGCACAGGGGCUGGGUAGGAGUUUGUCGGGUCUGGUUGAAAGUAGUGGAAGGGACAAGAGGGUAGUGGUAUGUUUGGAAGAGAGAGAGAGGAAGACAGAAAGAAAUGGGUUAAUAGAAGUAGAUGUUGACGGCGAUGAAGACAUCGGCGGUCAAAUCAAUGACAGAAAUGGGCUGGAAUCGGAUGGAGACAUGGGACGAGACAAUAGAGCCUGGAAGGGGUGGGAUGAACAUGUUCCGAUGCUUAAUGGAAGUGUGAGGCGCACUGGGUUAGAGGCUGAAGAUAACGGAUGGAGUGGAAGAACUAUUGAAGUAGGCCGAAUAUUCGCAAGAUGGUUUGAUUUCAGAAAUGCAGAGUGGAGUCAUCAUACAUAGUAAUCUAUAAGCUAAGAAAGGAAUACAUUUGCUUGGAAGCCAUUAUCAUCAUCAUAUAUCAAUAGGUAUACCCA